CCGAAGGAUGCGUGUCUGCAUUCUGCUCACUAUCAUCGGACACUGCAGAGUUGCGCUUUUGGUCUGGCUUUGGCAACUCUUUGGGUGACAAAGUCUCCGCUAAAGCAAGGAUCUUGAGCUGUUCUGACCGGUUGAGCUUUUGCAACGCCGCCGUGGGCGAAAGCUCUACUUUCGAAUCCAUUGUCCUCACCUUGUUCAUCAUGAAUUUGGAACGACUUGCGGGGGGUGUUUGUUUUGGCCGCCAAGCGCAGGGCUGAGUGGAGCCGGAGCCGAGGCUUACUUUUUGCAGGUUAGCAUCAGAUCCACUGGAGCCCUCCGCGGCGAGCUGCACAUCGUGACGAGUCACUCCGCCAUCCAGAUGUCGACUGUACAGAGUCCCCCUCUCCGCUAUGACGGCCAAUAAAUUCGAGGAUGACGAGUAUGUCGCCAACUUACUGAAAGAGGAUGCGCGGAAGUCAGCAAAAAAGUACGAAAUGGUCGGCCUCAGCGCCUUCCUCCCUCAAAGGGAUCGGUCGAGAGCCCCGAAACCUAACAUGCGAUUCCUUCGCCACAUCAUUCGGGAGACGGAUAGCCACAACACUGCUCUGCUAGCCAAGGAGGCGGAGGAAUCGCGCGCGCGCUUAAAGGAGCUUGGUAAAAGAGAAAGAGAAAGCAGAAGAGAAAAGGGUAGGCUAACACCCCCUGGCUCGGCAGAGUGGAAGAUUGCGCGAAGCAAAAGUACCCGGUCACAUCGGCAGGACGAUUCCGAUGGUGAGAGGGACGACCACAGCGACCGUAGGAAGCGCAAGGCGAGGAAGGAGCAUAAGAGAGCAGAUACGCACGAGGAAAAGCGAUCACGGAGGCAUCACGAUAGACACGCGCAGAGUGAUGACGAAAGGGACACGCAGAGCUACUGCAAAGGAGCAUCACAUGAUAGAGACCGCAAACGGCGACAUAGAGAUACAGAAGACAGUCCUAAGCAUCAUACACGGUAUAGGGAAGAUGAUCGGCGAGCUAGGAAACGUCAUCCGUCAUCUUCAAGGUCAACGUCACGGUCGGUUUCACCCCGUCCCAGGAAACGGCACAAUCUCUCGAGGCACCGACACAGACCCAGCUCAAGACAUCGUGACAAAGAUUCGAGACGAGAAGAUAGAGACCAGGCAGACAAAAGGACGCGUAUGCCUUCUCAAACUUACAGCGACUCGGACCCGCUUGAAUCCAUUGUUGGCCCCCUGCCUCCUCCUCCAGACGAACCUGUACGCUCUCGCGGCCGAGGGGCCCAUAAGGCGAAGUCCAUGGCCAUGGAUGCUCGCUUCUCCUCGACUUAUGACCCGACCACCGAUGUGCACUUGCAGUCUGACGUGGAAGACGAAUGGGGGGAUGCUUUAGAAGCCUUGAAAGACCGCCAGAAGUGGAAGCAGCAAGGCGCGGAGCGGUUAAGAGCUGCAGGAUUCACAGAUGAGCAGAUUCGUCGGUGGGAAAAAGGGGGUGAGAAGACGGAGGAGGACGUACGAUGGGCCGCGAAAGGGGAAGGGAGAGAGUGGGAUCAGGGAAAGGUACGCCUUGCGGAUGGGCAUAUUGAUUUGAGGGCAGAGUGGGGUAGGUUGACUUGAGAGCAAUCCGGAUAGAUCAGCCGUUAGCAUCAUCAUCGAGCACGUCGCCAGUAGAAUAUCUCUGG